AUGGAGACGGCACAAGAGGUUGCCCCCUACAUAACUGGACGUUGCAUAUAUCUUGUUGGAAUGAUGGGUUCUGGUAAAACAACAGUUGGGAAGAUUUUAUCAGAAGUACUUGGUUAUUCUUUCUUUGACGGUGACAAUUUGGUGGAGCAGGCUGUGGGUGUGGCUUCUGUUGCACAAAUCUUCAAGGAACAUAGUGAUAUUUUCUUCAGAGAUAAUGAGACUGAGGUAUUGCUGGACUUGUCUUUGAUGCAUCGACUAGUUGUUGCCACCGGGGGUGGUGCAGCUAUUAGGCCGAUCAACUGGAAAUACAUGAAGAAGCAUGGAAUCACUGUUUGGUUAGAUGUGCCAUUGGAAGCUUUGGCUACCAGAAUUGCAGCUGUAGGUACUGAUUCUCGCCCUCUUUUGCAUCAUGAUCAGUUGGGCGAUGCUUACACAAAGGCUUUGGCACGGCUCUCAACACUUUCAAAGGAAAGAGGUCAUGCUUACACUAAUGCUGAUGCUAGGGUAUCUGUCAAGAAUUGGUAUAAUAAUUUGCCUUAG